GGGGGGGCUGGGGCUGGGGCCGGGUCCGACCGCGCAUAAUGCGGCGGAGGUGGUGAGGCCCCCGCGGGGAGGGGGCGGGAGGAGGGAGAGUCACUUAUAAAUGGCGCCCAAGCAGGACCCCAAGCCGAAAUUCCAGGAGGGUGAACGAGUGCUUUGUUUCCAUGGACCUCUCCUUUAUGAAGCAAAGUGUGUAAAGGUUGCCAUAAAGGACAAGCAAGUGAAAUACUUCAUCCAUUACAGUGGUUGGAAUAAAAACUGGGAUGAAUGGGUUCCAGAAAGCAGAGUGCUCAAAUACGUGGACACCAAUUUGCAGAAACAAAAAGAACUUCAGAAGGCCAAUCAGGAACAGUAUGCAGAGGGGAAGAUGAGAGGUGCUGCUCCAGGCAAGAAGACUUCUGGUCUGCAGCAGAAAAAUGUUGAAGUAUUUUUCAGACGAGAUGGAGCCCAUACUGUUUGCUGUUUGGAGACCCCUACAAUAUCGACGCGGAAAACAAAAAAGAACAAACAGAAAACUCCAGGAAUUGGAGAAGGGAGCAGUACCAGUGAGACUCCUCAGCCUCCCAGGAAGAAGAGAGCUCGAGUAGAUCCAACAGUUGAAAGUGAAGAAACAUUUAUGAACAGAGUUGAAGUAAAGGUGAAAAUCCCAGAGGAGCUGAAGCCAUGGCUGGUAGAUGACUGGGACUUGAUCACGAGGCAAAAGCAGCUCUUCUAUCUUCCUGCCAAGAAAAAUGUUGACUCCAUUUUAGAGGAUUAUGCAAACUACAAAAAAUCACGAGGAAAUACUGAUAACAAGGAGUAUGCAGUCAAUGAAGUUGUGGCUGGAAUCAAAGAAUACUUCAAUGUCAUGCUGGGAACUCAACUGCUCUACAAGUUUGAGAGGCCCCAGUAUGCUGAAAUUUUAGCAGACCACCCCGAUGCUCCAAUGUCUCAAGUCUAUGGUGCCCCACACCUCCUGAGGUUAUUUGUGCGUAUUGGAGCCAUGCUGGCUUACACUCCUCUGGAUGAGAAGAGUCUGGCUUUGCUGUUAAACUAUUUGCAUGACUUCUUAAAGUACUUAGCAAAGAAUUCCUCUGCCCUGUUCAGUGCCAGUGACUACGAGGUGGCCCCUCCGGAAUACCAUCGGAAGGCAGUGUAGUGCUGUGCCAGGAGGUGGUGGUUGCAUCCCUCUCAUCCUCUCCUUCUACACCUUGUUCUUCACCUUUCUCUUGCACAUGUCUCUAUUGCACAGAUGAUGUAGACAUAAAGUGAAUAAAGUUGUGUGUUUUCAGACAGAACUGGUAAGUUCUGGAGGGUUCCUUGUCCCGAAACAGAAGCUUUGGAGUCUCCUGGGAACUCUCUGGUGUUUCUGGCUUGCUCCUCAUCAUCAGUGGGAUGGGAAAAGAAUUCAUUAUGCUUUCUCAUUGUAUCAACUCUUCAGUGCUCGUGGGUCUCUGACAUUGAAUUUGUCUCUCUAAGCUGCUUUACUGUGUAGUAACCACAAAUGCAGACUCUCAGGCUGAGGUUUGUGAUCACCCAGUGCUGGUGCUAUGGAUUAGUCUGACUUUUAAACCCAUUUACUUUCUUGGUGUUGGAAGUAAAACGUUUGGUCCACAGGUGGAUGCUUUUGGUUAGGUAGUUGAAGGACUGUGACUUUUUUUUUUUAAUAUUCUAACAAUAGCAAAUGUGUUAUUAUAUCAUAGUGUCUUGGAAAUGUUUGUCUUUCACAGAGCUGUUUUACAAACCUUCAAAUAAACUUUUUUUUAAUUUCA